CCAAGACCAUGAUAAUAGACCAGUCGAGCAUGCGAGUAUAAAAAGCACGAUUCAAUUACUACGCAUGGUUAUUCUGUUAUCGCUUUAAACGUUACAAUGAACGCGCAUAUUGUGUUAUUGGGAUGUUUGGCUUUGGUUACAUUUGUUUGUUGGUCCACAGUUUCUGCCGAGACGUGCACCACCAAUACGAACUGUAACGCAACAAUAUGCACCGGAAACAGCGAGGUCAUAUGCCAACACCCCGUAGGAAGUGACGGCAUUAAACCGGGCGGCGGACUUUGCACGUGCAAGGACACUACCGGAAGUUGCACCACGAAGGAGGACUGUUACGGUACGGGCGCCAACCUCCAGUGCCCAGACAACACCCGUCACUGCUAUGACAACAACUGCAUCUGCGAUAGGUUCCCUAUCGGAUAACCGGGAUCCGGAAUUAUCACGUGUGUGAACGCGCGUGUGUGCGAAUAUGAUUGACCGUGUAAAAGUUCUGCAAAUAAAUGGUUCAAAAGCUU